AUGGAAAAGUCUAGUAUUGAUUUGAAUCGUGAAACAUCAUCGACAUCUGUCUCUGAAACUCAACCUGAACAUAGUGCUGAAGGGUUGGAAAAUGUAGUUCUACACAAUGAAGAUGAAUCAAGGCAUAAAUGUAAAGUCAAAUGGAGCAAGGAAGCCACUAUACUUCUAAUAAGUGGAUGGCUUAAUACAUCUAAGGAUGCCAUUGUGGGGAAUGACCAAACUUCUACACAUUUCUGGGCUCGAAUCGCAGAUUACUUCAACACCAACCAAAAAGGUGAGCAAGCAAAGACUGGAAGGCAAUGCAAAGACCAUUGGAAUAAGAUGAAUCAAAAGGUGGUGCGAUUCAAUGGAUGUUAUAAACGAGUUCAAUUAGCACAUCACAGUGGUUGGUCUGAUGAGAAAAUUCUUGAGAAUGCACAUCAAUUGUACAAAUCUGAAAAUAACAACUCAAAUUUUCUACUUGUGGACUGUUAG